AUGUUAAUAAAUGAAAUAUUACCACAAAAUGUCAGUGACGAGUUACUCCUAUUUGUUACGUAUAAACGACGAUGGUUUUAUCUAUUUAUUAUAUGUUUAGCUCAAAUAUCUAACGCUAUGAUUUGGAUAAAUUUUUCGCCAAUUGCCGAUAUAGCUACGCAAUAUUAUUCUGUCAAUUAUGAUGCCAUUAAUUGGCUAUCACUCAUAUAUAUGGCUGUGACAAUUCCAUUUACAUUACCAUCGACAUGGAUCAUAGAUAAAAUUGGUAUUAAAAGUGGUAUGAUAAUUGGUUCAUGGUUAAAUGCUUUAGGAAGUUUUAUACGUGUAAUAAGUACAUGGUCUUUUUUGAGUAUACAUAGUCGUUUUCCAAUCGUAUUACUAGGUCAAUUUCUAUGUGCAGUAGCACAAACAUAUAUCCUUUUUAUUCCAACAAAAUUUUCAUUUGUUUGGUUUUCUGAAAAACAACGUUCCUUAGCGAAUUCAAUUGCAAUCGGAAGCAACUACUUUGGUAUAUUGAUGGGUAGUAUUCUAUCACCAUUAAUUGUAAAACAUAAAGAAAAUAUUUCUCUUUUAUUGUAUAUUAAUGUAGCACCAGCCUUAUUAGCUGCUCUAUUUUCAGUGUGUAUUCGAACAAGUAAUCCGCCUACGCCAUCAUGCGUAGCAAUGACCGAUGUGAAACAACCAUUUUUCGUAUCAUUGAAAAAAUUACUGUAUUCAAAAUCCUACAUUAUGUUAUUUAUUGGCUGUGGUUUUGCGUUGGCUUGUUUCAAUACACUAUCAACUUUAGUAGAACAAAUGAUGUGUCCAUUUGGUUAUGAUGAUAUGGUUGUUGGUUUUUGUCUCGGCUAUUUUAUUGGUGCUGGUACAUUGGGCGUACUAGUCUUUGGUUAUUUCGCUGAUAAAACGGGAAAAUUAGAAGAAAUAUCAAAAAUAUUAUAUGGAUUAAGUUCAUUGGCUUAUAUCACUAUUGUUUUGUUGAUUAUAAAUCAAGUACCGAAAUAUUUUCUAUAUCUGAUAUUUGCCAUCGUUGGUUUUGUCAGUUUACCAAUUUUACCAUUAUCAAUGGAUUUGAGUAUUGAAUGUACACAUCCUAUAGCAGAAGCAACAGCGACUGGUAUUAAUUUUAUGUCAAGUCAAAUUCUUGGAAUAAUAAUGGUCACGGUAUUACCACGAUUUGGGCGGUCGUUGAACGAAGCGGAAAUGCUUGUACAAAAAUGUUCGGUUGCACAUGGAGUAAUAUUAGAUUAUACUAUUCCACUUUAUGCAAUGGCAAUUAUGAUGAUUCUAACAACAAUCGUAUAUAUCUGUUGCUUUAAAUGUGAUUAUAAACGACGUCAUUUUGUUCCAACAGAGUUUCAAAGUUGA